CCAGAGCACUGAGAGGUAUCAGGUAUUGAUGUAACCAGAGUGAAUAAGGGAACCUUCUUCCUAAGCACAGACAUUGGAGCCUGUUAUAAGCAUGAACUCAUAUGUGUUAGAAAAUCAUUUGAAUAAUUCAUAUUCAUCCUUCACUUCAGGAAGCAUCAGAAUGAUACCACAAACUCCAAAAGUCUUAGACACUAAUGACUAUUCACAAACACUGGGGAAAUCACAGCAGAUAUUUAAAGGAGAUGGUGAAUUGGCAGGAACUGGGCAGCAAUCAUUAUGUACAGAGAGUAAUUUAGUCAUCAAACAAGAGGACAACAUUUAUGAUUUAUCUAGUGAAAUGAUUAUCCCCGAGGAGAAAUCACACACAUUUACUGAGUUUUCAAAACAUUUUAAGGAAGGAAAAGGUUUUAAGUCUAGCCAAAUGAUUGAUACAAAUAAGAAACUAUUUAAAUGUACAGAAUGUGAGAAAAGCUUUACAUGUAAUUUGCAUCUCCUUACACACCACACAGUUGUGAAACCUGACAUGUGUACAGAAUGUGGGAGAUGUUUCACAUCUAAAGGGAACCUUAUGUAUCACAAAAAGACUCACACAGGGGAGAAACCUUUCACAUGUAAUGAGUGUGGGCGAUGUUUCAAAUCCAAGGGAAAUCUCAUAUCUCAUGAAAAGACCCACAUAGGGGAGAAAUCUUUCACAUGUACAAAAUGUGGAAAAAGUUUUACACAUAAGAGUAAUCUGAAAACUCAUGAAAGGAUUCACACAGGAGAAAGGCCGUUCACAUGUACAAAGUGUGGAAAAGGAUUCAGAAACAAGAGUGAGCUAAAAUAUCAUGAUAGGAUUCACACAGGUGAAAAGCCUUUCACAUGUACAGAGUGUGGAAAAUGUUUUACACAAAAGACUUAUCUAAAAACUCAUGAAAGGAUUCACACAGGAGAAAAGCCUUUCACAUGUACAAAGUGUGGAAAAUGUUUUACACAAAUAACUAGUCUAAAAUCUCACGAAUGGAGUCACACAGGAGAAAAUCCUUUCACAUGUACAGAGUGUGGAAAAUGUUUUACAUAUAAGUGUAAUCUGAAAACUCAUGAACGGAUUCACACAGGAGAAAACACUUUCACAUGUACAGAGUGUGGAAAAUGCUUUACAGGAAAGUGGAAGCUGAAAACUCAUGAAAGUAUUCACACAGGAGAAAAACCUUUCAUAUGUACGGAGUGUGGAAAGUUUUUUGCACAAAUAAGUAGUCUGAAAAAUCAUGAAAUGAUUCACACAGGAGAAAAUCCUUUUACAUGUACAGAGUGUGGAAAAAGUUUUACAUUAAAGAGUAGUCUGAAAAGGCAUGAAAGGAUUCACACAGGAGAAAAGCCAUUUACAUGUACAGAGUGUGGAACAAGUUUUACACAAAAGAUUAGUCUGAAAAAGCAUGAAAGGAGUCACACAGGAGAAAAGCCUUUUUCAUGUACAGAGUGUGGAAAAAGUUUUACACAAAACAGUAGUCUGAAAAAGCAUGAAAGGAUUCACAAGGAAAGAAACCUUCCACAUGUUUAGAAUGUGGAAAUAGGUUUUAUGCAAGUCAGGUAUCACAAACCACUUACACACACUGUUGAAACCUUUUCAAAAUGAUCCUAAAGAAGACCAACUCUAAAAUCACGUAAAAAAAGGAUCCUAUUGUAAAUAAUACUUUCCAAUUCCCUAUUACAAAAGCCAAUGUAAUGAUUGACACAUUGGAGAUAUAUUUAAUCUGUUCACAGUGUAGGUAAAUCUUUUCUUUACAAACAGA